GCGGCGUGCGCCGCACCGUGAGUCGCUGGUCCGCGCGCGUCAAACCUAUAUCGCUCCGAUACACGCACACCGCGAUCUCGCGAGUAGCUCUCGGUGAUAUAUCUGCGCGCUAUGUGCCGUCAGUGUGUGUGUGCUCCAAGGGAUCCUAGAUGACUGUGGGAAUAGUGAGUGACAUCCGUGCCGCGAAGAAAUGGAUAAGAUAGAGUUGCUGGGCGGUGCUUGCUUCAGCCACGGCCCUUACACAUUUUAUAAGGCGGUGAGGAUAGGUAACGGCCGUGUCCUACGUCUCGGCAGUUUCUUCCUGACGAAAUUGUGGAGCGAUGCCGACCUCGUCAGCAUCGGCGAGCUUCAGCUGCUGUGGAUGGACAGCCGCGGACCGAAUCAGCCUCUGGCGUCCUUGCGCCUCUACUUCUUACCUGAGAACACGCCGGACGGCAGGAGGGACACGCACGGGGAGGACGAGGUGCUGACGAUUUCGGAGAAGGUGGUCGUCCGCGUGCACGAUCUCGUCACGUGGUUGUCGCCCACGUUAGAAUGGUCAUGGGGUCGAGAGGUGUUCUACCCGACGACUCCGACAUCGUCCCCGGAGACGAGCCCGUUGAGAUACGAGAUGCCGCAGCCACAAGUGCUCACUGACCCGGGGAUUGACUUCUCGGACGUCGACAAACAGCAGAAGGAAUAUGAGAGCAACCUGAAUUCCACGAGGAGAGCGGACUGCGGCUUCCAGACCAAGGUUGUGGUGCUCUCAUAUCCCAGGUACUGCCGUUACCGGGCGCUCCUACGUAGGCUCGAGGGCGCCGAGCCCUCUUGGCUGUGCUCGUCUAUCGCGGCUGCCCUAGGUGGCUUCACUGCGACUCCCGGCACCAGGGUGCUCUUCUGCAGGGACACCUUCGAUUACCCCGACCUCGAGACCCACGAGCUGUUGUGCAAUCAUUUAGCGCCGAAGCUGAAGGGCAGACCGCGAAGAAAGCGCAAAAAGCGCAGCGCUUCGCCGGGCGAGUCGAGCAACGAGAGCGAAGCCUCGGUCGCGUCGACAUCGAAGAGCAUGUCGGCGAGCACCAGCCUGGUGAUACCCAUGGUGGGCAGACCGCCCUCGUCUGCGGUGCGCCGAAGCGAGAGGAAUACCAGCGCGGAGGAGAAGAAGUUCAUCAGCGACGUGCAGACUUUCAUGAACUCUCGGGGUACGCCGGUCGGAAAGAUGCCACUGCUGGGCUACAGGCAGAUCGACCUAUUCCUCUUCUACACGAAGGUGCAAAUGCUUGGUGGUUACGACUCUGUUAGCGCCGGUCGUCUUUGGAAAACGAUCUACGACGAUAUCGGCGGCAACACAGGCUCGACUAGCGCCGCGACCAUAACACGCAGACAUUACGAGAGGUUGUUGUUACCCUACGAGAGGUAUCAGAGAGGCGAAGACACGAAAGUCAAACUGAACCAUGGGCGACGUACCAAAACCACGAGUGUGUCGGAAGAUUCCGACAUCAAGGAAGAACCUAGCGAUCCGUAUCCGUCGGAGACACCUCCGCCCGUAGAAGUAAUUCCCGCGAUCACAACAUCACCCCUGCAGUCGAUAAUGUCAGCAGCGACGACUUUGCUCUCCUCGAGCGAGAAACCCAAGACCGAGGCCGGCAAGACGUCCUCCUUGCGUAGCGUGCGAGUGAAGCCGGAACGUCUGAAGUCGCUGAACACCAUGAUCGCCAAUAGCGCGAUACCCUCCAGCCAGCAAGCUAGCCAACUGCCAAGUCCACCGCCAUCCUCCAACACGUCUAUCUCGACGCCUAGCAGCACACCCUCCACGACACCUACGAACGGCGCCGGCAGUCAAAGCGUCUUGGAAAGGCAGCUCAACAGUCCUCUGAUAUCUCAGCAAGUUCCACCAUCGUGUUCGCCACCGGGCCUGCCUGUGACCACCGUAGCGACGAACGCGUCGACGGUCGUGACGUUGACGCCACCGCCGGAGAAGGACAUGAAGGAGAUCAAGCUGGAUCCCAAGCAGACCAACCUGCUGGCGCAGGGCAAGGAGAACAUACCGCUGUUCGGCGAGAAGUCCAUCUUCGCGGAGAAGACGAUGGUAGUGCCGCCGUCCAGGUCGCCCGAGGUAAUCGAUCUCGAGACGGAGAACGACACGAGCCGGGACAAGAUCAUCAUUCCCAGCUUCAAGAAGCGCAAACUCGAGAUUUUACGGGAAGGCGGCCUCGAGGUCACCGCCGUCGACUUGGACGCGCGGCCGAGCGUGAUUCAGAGCAACAUCGCGCAGCAGCCGCCACCGCCGCCGGCCACGAUGAAGUCGUCCGAGGAGAAGCCACCGAUCUCGUAUCCGUCGCCGAUCACACCGAACUCCAUUCCCAAGUUGAUAUCCGUCACGGUGACGCCCGACAUUGGCCACAUGCUGCCGUCGCCGCAGGAACAUCAUCACCAUCAGCCGCGACUGCCGCCCGCGGCGGCGUCCAAGCAACAACCGGCCCAUCACAACAACAACAACAACAGUACGAUGAACAACAACAUGGUGAACAGCCGGGUGAUAAAUCUGGGCAGCUCGAACAACGCCGCGCUGUUGCAGCUGUACGCGAACGCAAACGUCCCUCCGCCGUCGAACUUCACGGCCGCGAACAAUCGCUUCAUACCGCCGAACGUUCCGAACGGCAGGCUGCCGCCACCGAAGGUCACGCAGUCGAGGUCGAUAUUCGUGCACAACGAGAGGACGGUUUACGGGAAUCCGAAGGAUAUCUUCGUCCCACCCAAGUAUCGUUCGUCGCAUCAGCAGCACCGCCUGCAACAUCUGCAGUCGAGCGGUACGAGCGGCGACAUCGGACACGGAGGUGUCCUCGAUCUGACGCAGAAGUUCAGCGAAAAGCCGACCUUCCCCAGGCCCAGUUUAGAAAUAGUUCGAGUACCUGUAGUGCCGAGGCCUAAUCCGUUGAAUCUGGAAAUGCGGAGCUCACCCGCGGGCAAGCCCGCUGACAAAUCCGCCGACUGUCCGAAGCGAGUGCCCUUCCCCGCCUACCAGAACGUCAUCGACAGUCGAACCAUAGCUUCGAAUAACCUCGAGAUCACGCUCGUGAAUCCCAAGCAGAAGAACAACCAUCUGAGCGCGCCGUCUCACGUGCAGAUACCGAGCCCACCUAACAAAAGUAGUUCGAUGCACAGCAGCAGCGGGGCGCAGAGGAGGCAGCAACAACCGCCGCCGCCGCAAAUGAACGGGAAGUACACAGUGAGGAGCGAACCGGUCUCACCGUACACCCCGAGGAAACCGACUCAUCCUGUCAUACCGAACGUACCUAAUCUGAAUCACCUGAACAGCGGCAAUCCGUUCCCCCGGAUGAGCGCGACGAUGCAGCAGCAGAUGAGCAUCGACAGGAGGAAAGCCGCGGCGGAGGUCGGCAGGGAGCAGCAACGCAGGAUCAGCGAGGGUGAGAAGAACCUGGUGGCGGCGCAGCAGCAGCAGCAGCAACAGCAAGAGUCCAGGCACAGUGAGGUCGGUCGACGGCACAGCGUACCUAACAUACCGUCCGGCUUCGUGCCGGCGGUGCCGCAAACUAAUCCCGCCUUUCUGCCGCAACUGCCAAACACGCCCGGCAAGUUCCUACCGAUCCUGGACCCCAUGUACUACUCCGCGUUCUACAACGCGGGCCUCUUUCCGCCGCCGAUGCCGCCCACGGCCGCGACCUCCUUUCUACCGCCGGAGUUCAGCGCGUAUUACAAGGAACUACUCGCUUCCACGCAACCAAGACUGGGGAUGACGGGGCAGCAUCAGCCGGCCGCCCCGACGUCUAAGUAGACAAUGGGAUCUCAUGUAGGGUUUCCGGCACAGCGAAGGACGCUUUCGUCAUUAGAGAAAAGAAAAAAGGGCUGAUCCGUCGGAUUUUCUCGCUACGUCGUAGAAGCAGCGGUGUUUCCGAAGAGCGCAGAGCGAGAGUUCUCUUAGCGAUCAACGCCGAUGGUGAUGGCGCGCGCGGUACGACGGCGAUACGCAUGAGAUUAUCCGACCUGACACGACGUUACACCCCGUUCGACCACGCGUCGUUUCUUCACCGGUUGAGUAACGAUGGCGACCGAGUUAUUCACAGUGUUUGUCCGCGGUGGAAGGGAGAUCAAUAGUGUGAGGAGUCGCGCGCUAAGAUUAAAUUACGACGGCCUGGCGGUCUUCGGAAGAUGACGCAUCUUCCGAAUUUACGUCAUGUUGUUCGUGUAAUUUGACGUGUUACGCGCGCGAGCGAGCGCGUGCGUUCGACGAGUUGCAAUAAUACGUUAGUCCAGCAGCAUGUGCGAUGUUUCGUUCAUUCUUCGUCGGGGGACGAGAUUCCGAAUGAUUAUCGAUAUUAAGAGAAAAAAAAUCCUGUGAUAAAAAUGCGACCGUGUGUUACCGUUCAAGGAGGUGCAGUAAAUGGAAUUCUGCCAGGAAAAAGUAAAAUCGUUAUUCUUGCGUGUUUAUUUUAUUUAAACCGUUUUUAUACGCGCGUUCGUUAAGAGUUUAAGUUUCGAUCGGGUCGAGGGAGACAAGGUGUUUCUGAUUUUGGAAAAUUGCAUUUUCGGUGUUGCGCUAGAGAUUCGGGCAUUCCGUUAGGCUCUUUGGGCUUUCGUUUCUUCUUUUUUUCGCUUAACGCUCCGGAUACGUGCCCUCGCAUAUAUAUAUAUAUAUAUAUAUAUCAAUCAAUUGUCGCAAGGUCGUCGAUUUUUAUUUUCUGUUUUUAUUUCGCAAGGCGCGUUUUGAUUCUUACUCGAUGUACGAUGUGAUAAAUCCGACGCGGGGAAAGGUAAACGGCGAACGCUGGACCGGCGGAUCAUCGGAACGUAUAAUUGUUUACUGUGUAAUGGUAAAUCUUAUGUAGUAACGCUCGCGAGAACCCUAUGUACUGUAUAAGCUAGAGAAUUUUCAUUAUAAUAAAAGAAAAAUACAACAAUCGUACACACAAUCACACACAUACACACCGAUCUGUAGUCACUUCUAACGAUAAGCGCACGCAUGCAAUGUUAUAGCAGCGACCAUGUACAUAGUGUAUAUAUAUACAUAUAAUCACGUAAAUCAUUAAGUUAGGUAAAUCCUGCAUUAUCUUUCAACAUUACGUAAUGAGUUAAGUUUAGUAAAUGUACAGACUGUCUUGCUCGUGUGGCCAACGAUUGUCGUAUCGCUGUUUCCUUACGAGAGACGAUAUUUUGCAGAAUAUUUCUGACAGUCUCUUUUCGCUCGGAAGACGUUUGUGACAAUCUUUCGUUUUCUAACCAACACCGAGAGUUUACGCGAGAGUAAGAAAGAAAGAGAGAAUAUGCGGUACUACUUUUCCGUUUAAUUUUCACGGAAAUUUUCACGGAAUCGGCUUGAUUGUUACGCGAUCGCUGCCGAAUGUGAUCGAACAUCGCGGGCCACAAUACUUCGGAAACAGGAAAAAAAAAUUUACCGACGGUAUAUAUCCAUGUUAAAUGUAGACAUAUUGAUAGAAUUUGUUCGUUUUAGGAUACUCUGAUCAAAAGAAGAAAAAUAAUAAAUAUGAGAGUAACGUUAAAGCAUUCGUAACCCUAAGACGUACAAGAGGAAGAUCCGUUUCGCGGAUCGUCCUGACGAGGAAGGGAAAAAAAAGUAAAUCAGAUUUCUAUAUUGAUGUCUUUCAAGAGUAUGAAUUGUUCACGUUUUUUCGGAUGGUUCUUUCGUGAUAGCGAAGUAGGCGUUUCGGCGCCGAUUGCGAGACCGCGGCUGAUUGAUAACCAGCCUCUCUCCAGUGGUAUUCAACGAGUCUAAGACAGAAUUAUCGAUUUGCAGCGUGUGAGCGCCGGCUAACGAGACAAUGCGAGACGAUGCCACCACUGUUGUUAUUUUUGUAAAGAUCGCGGCGAAACUUCCGGCGGGUCGAGCGCGUCGCGAAUUUCGCUCUUCAAAAUGGUGCUAUGCGACGAAAAAUUCUAUUGUAAGUCUCUUUCGUAAAAAGAAAAUGAAAAAGAGUUUUAGCGGGCGUUGUUGGGUACCAGUGGAUCUUUGGCGCGAUCGCCCGAAAGAACUACGAUCUUAACAUAGAUCUUCACGUCCAAGUCUGAUAACCGUAUAUUAAAGAAAAAGUAAGAACGAGAGGAACGAGAAGGACUCCCCGGGUUCUAGCGUGUGUAUAAAAAGAAAAAAAAAAUGUCGAAUACGGGUCCGUUAUGGUUGCGAUUCAUUGUAAUAUCGCAGGGGUUCGUACAGCGUCGGAGGAAGCGAACGGUGGCGAGAAACGAAAGACGGCGAAUGCGGAUAUUGUCGAAUCUCCGGCAAGGAGAAGGGCUUGUACGAGAAUACGUGCCAUAAAAAAACUGAUUAGAUAGCGACUACGAAAUCGAACAAUGGCGACGGUCAUUUGUAUAUGCUUUUGACGAGCCCCUUAACGAGUUUAGAGAGACUAAGAAAAAGGUAGACGCGAAUCUAAGAGAAAAAUAAAAGAAUAAUAACACAAUGUGCAAAAUUCCAUGUGGAAAUUUUAUAUGAUUUUUCGUUUAUUCUGUUACCGCGGUUGUUUUAUAAAUCUCGAGUCUUUUUUUAGCAUGUGUGUGUAUGAGAGAGAGAGAGAGAAUGCGUGAACGGGACAAACGAGUUCGACGAAUAGGAAUGGAAUCGAGUGCGCUCUAAAUAGUAUUGUACCGCAGCGUGUUCGGAUCUUUUAUAAGUACUUUGGAACAGGCGUCUCUGUACGUAAUCGGAACUUUUUACUGAAAUCGCGAACUGUGUGUAAACAUUUCAAGUUGUUUGUGUUUGGAGAUACAGAACGAUGGAAUAUAUUUCAAAAGAUUUCGAUUAUUCAUUUCACGUAAGACAGAAACGUUCUUUUCGACGACACUUUCUGCUGCUAUUACGCAUCUCGAAGUAAACUCGUAGAAGAUUCAAGCACGUUUCCAGGUGGUAGUCGAGACCGUUUGAUGUGUAGUUGAUCUCACACUUUGUCACAUUUAACUUCUUUGUAAGUAGACGAAAUAUGUCCGCGAGUUUUGUAAAUGCUACUCGGCUUGGAUGACAUAAUACCUAAGUGUAUCAAGUUGACUGAGAUUUAUUGAGUACACGUCGGACUUGAUCCCAUCCCUAUCGAUGAAUGAAUGAGCCGCGAGAGAGAAUCUUAAAGAGAGAAAGAAUGUUUUCAAGCAAAAGUCUACGAUUGUUUUUGCGAGUUUUCUCUUCAUUUUGUAUACUUAGCAGAGCGAUUUUAGCGUAACCCUCGUUUUCCCACUUUAAUAAUAAUAAUUAUUACAAUAUAUAAAUAUUUUUUAUUAUAUGGGCAUUUCAGUUCCUAAGUUGGAAAAAAUAAAAUAUCUACUAUA